UUCUUAGUUGCAAUCAUGGCUUUCCAAAGGGGACCGCACCUUUUGUUGGCUACCUUUUGCCUUCUGCUCUGUCAGUUAGUUAGCAUCGAUCAGGCUCAGGCCAAGCCCCAGGAUUUAAUAACAGUGGUUGAGCUUGGGUCUGCUGAUGAGGUGAUCGUUAAACCUAAAGGCGACGACGACGAAGACUCAUCGUCGGAGGAAACUGUUGAGGAUUCUGCAGAGGAUCCACAGCGAAGGCGUCGCGAUACUGCCCAACGUGCUAGUAUACCAGGUUUGCCCGAUCCGGCUACCAUUAUUAAGAUCGCUGAGCUUUUUCAAUCCGUAGGCGAGCAAAUUGUUCCAAUUCUUCUGGAGGCUAUUCUACCUGGUACCGAUGCUGCUGGUGAUCGUAUUGCCCGAAAUGUGGAACUGUUGAAGAGUUUCAAACGUAGUUUGGAAGUCUAUUCCACUGAAUUGCAGAUGGAUGACAUGUAGUUUCACUUAAAUGACACAACACAGAAACAGAAAUGAUAGAACUACGAGUAUAAAUAAGCGUAUUAUAUUAAAUUAGUUUUGGCUUUUUCUUUAGCAAUUCAAA